GUUUUCUCCCACAGGGCAAAAUCUCUGAUCAGGUUUACAACUAUCCAGAGGGCUUAGGAGAAGUGCUUUAUAGAGAGCAGUUCGACUUCAACGCUGAGCCACCUUGGGAACCUAGCUGAUGAUAGUAGGGUUCCAUCUCCUAACUUGUCCAUUUUGUUGCAUAAUUUAAGGACCCGGAUCUAAGGCUUGGAAGCCCAUCCCUUGUGUUUCUUGGUUUAUGACUGUCGGCUUUGUGGAAAACGGCUGAGAUGAAAGGAUUUCUGGAGGAUGCAAAUUACUCCAUUGGCCUAUUGGAUGAAGGAGCAACRCUUGCAGAUGUUAUUGACAACUGUAUUUAUGAACAUACUCAGACUGGCAAAAGAGCAUUUUAUGUUGGCGAUCUUGGAAAGCUUGUGAAGAAAAACACACAAUGGCAGAAUGUGAUGGCACCAAUAAAACCAUUUUACCCUGUAAAAUGCAAUUCCACUCCAGGUGUACUUGAAAUUCUGGGAACUCUUGGAAUUGGAUUUGCAUGUUCCAAUAAAUCUGAAAUGGUGUUGGUACAAGACUUGGGCAUUUCUCCUGAGAACAUCAUCUACACAAACCCUUGCAAGCAAGCUUCUCAGAUCAAGUACGCAGCCAAAACUGGGAUAAACAUCAUGACCUGCGACAGUGAUAUUGAGCUGAAGAAGAUUGCACGGAGCCAUCCAAAUGCUAAGCUCUUACUGCACAUUGCCACAGAAGACAUUACUGCUGAUGAGGAGAUGAAUAUGAAGUUUGGUACCACACUGAAGAACUGUAGGCACCUCAUGGAAUGUGCUAAGGAGUUUGGAAUCCAAAUAGUUGGUGUUAAAUUUCACAUUUCAAGCACUUGCAAGGAUCUGCAGACAUACAUUCAUGCUAUAUCUGAUGCUCGGUGUGUGUUUGACAUGGCUGAAGAAUUUGGCUUUAAGAUGAACAUACUGGACAUUGGUGGRGGCUUCACAGGUUCUGAGCUUCAGCUGGAAGAGGUUCAUCAUGUCAUCAGGCCACUGCUGGAUGUCUACUUCCCGGAGGAAUCUGGUGUUAAUGUGAUUGCAGAGCCUGGAUGUUAUUAUGUUUCAUCUGCGUUUACGUUGGCAGUUAACAUCAUUGCAAAGAAAACUGAGUGUGAUAAACUUCUUCCUUCUGGAGUGGAGCAAACCAGGGAUGAUGAACCAGUAUUUACCUAUUACAUAAAUGAUGGUGUUUAUGGCUCUUUUGCAAGUAAAUUGUCUGAGAAACUGAAUCCUACUCCGGAGGUUCACAAGAAAUACAAGGAAGAUGAGCCUCUGUUCACAAGCAGCCUUUGGGGUCCAUCCUGUGAUGAGCUCGAUCAAAUYGUGGAAAACUGUCUUCUUCCCGAGCUGAGUGUUGGCGACUGGCUCAUCUUUGCUAACAUGGGAUCCGGCACCUUGGGUGAACAGUCCACCUUCAACGACUAUCAGCGGCCACUGAUUUACUACAUGAUGUCUUUCAGUGACUGGGAUGAGAUGCAAGAUGCUGGAAUUACUUCAGACACAUUGAUGAAGAAUUUCUUCUUUGUGCCUUCGUGCAUUCAGCUGGGCUCAGAAGACCGCUUUUCCACUGCAGCUUAAACAGGCAUUAACGCUUCAUUUAGACCUGCAGUUGCAAGUCUGUAGUUUGUCUGGUCAACAUUCCAGUGUGGAAGAAAUGGAACAAUCUUGAAUUCAAUUCAUUCUUGUCAAAACUUGAAGAAAAAAAUAGUAAUAGCUAAUUGGGACCAGGCAAAACCAGCUACAGCUACAAUUCACCAGGGUGUGUGGGGAGGGUUACAUAAUGGCAUCCAAAUUUCAACUUACCAGUUUGUUCAACCCCUGAGCGUUUAAAUAUGCAACAAAAUGGAUGACUUAGUGGAGAUGGAAACCCAUCACUUGGGUUCUUCAACAGUUUACAUACAAGUACAGUUUUUAUACUAAGGAUUCCUGUUAGAAAAGUCUUGUAAAGUUAUUGUCUUUCGCCCAGAUAUAUCAAAUGUCAGUGGGAGACCAGUGUGACUUCAUUAGGUGUUUAGUGUAUUUAGAAUGUGUAAAUUUGUGCUUUGAACUGUAGUUUAAUAAAUGUAAAAUUGCAUCAUAGUAUUUGUUGUAUUUGACCCUUGAUGUACCCCUUGUAUGGUUGCAAUAAAACUUUGUGUAGAUUUUUCUGUUUUUCAGGAUAACUCGGCCAGGGGCUAGGCAGAAGAGGUAGCUAUAAAGUAGAUGUGUACAUGAUUGUUUUAAGAAGCCCUCUUUUGUCUAGCCCAUUACUUCAGUUUUUGAUAGAGCAUUGUCAUGAAUAAUUUAAGUAAAUUAGGCUUGAUAAACUUGUGUUACAGACAGGUAAGUUCCUGGAAGGUUGAAAUGCAGUUUGUGGUAUUUCUUAGAGUAUUACCUUAGUUUACAGGCGCUAACACUAAGAACAGCAAGCCUGCAGUAGAUGUAGAUCUACCCAGAAGAGGUAGUCCUUAGCUAGCGUGCAUGUAGUGACCCCCGUGCAGCAUGGGUUAGUGCAGCUCUGCUGGCUGUUGCAGAACCUUUAGCUCUUUUUUGUUCUUCCUUUAGUGGGGUUUAUUGAAGAGUCAACUCCAGCUAAUUCUGCCUGGUGCAAACUCGCAGCGGAAGGGCUGUGUGUCUUCAGAAACCUCGGUGCUCUCUUUCAUUGUGCUUCAGAUAUACCAACCAAGUUAAAGGUAAAGCACACACUACCAGAAGCAUGURUUCCAACUGCACCCACAGCUUCACUGAAACUGCUCAGUGGAUUUGCUUGUUCAUUUUAUUGGAGCUUCUUAAUUUCUCUUAGGUCUUCUUGCUUUCUUUAACUUAAUCUUCCCCCAACUUGAAAACUUUGGGGGAUUUUCAGGAUUUUGAAACAAUGUGUUGAGUUCUGGAUCCUGUAAUCAAAGGGGGCUUAUUUAUAUUUAAGUGGAAUUUCUACCUCUUGGUUGCAAGUGUAUCUUACAUAAGUGCCAACUGGUAGGGAAUCUAAACUUUUGGUUCCAAAAGGCAAAAGCUUCAUAAAACCUGAUGCACCUUUACUCAGAAGUGGAGAAAGAUGGUCAUGGAGUAAGCUUUUUGAUUUGAACCUAACUACUGACAACUUGUCAGAUUUAUAGGCYGGUCUAAAUAGCGGUUUAUGUUUGCAAGAAAUUGUUCAUUGGAAUUAAAAUGGGGGAAACAACAGGGAAAGGGAGUAAUGGUUUUAGGAAACUUGAUGUUUGGAAUCUAGUUAUKGGCGAUCCC